AUGGCCGAUGCAUUUACAAGCCCGGAUUCAAACAUCCCAAAGAACCUUCUGCAACUCUCACAUUCAUUAGGUUAUGACUGCAAGCGAAGAGGAAACCUGCAGCUGCUGGACAAGGACACGCUGGCUUUCGUGGCUGGAAACAUGUUGGUCCUUCUAAACAUGACCACCAAACAGCAGCGUUAUAUCCCCAGCUGCAGUGGAGGAGGCAUCGGCGCCAUUAAGCCUCAUCCCAGUAGGAGAUAUUUUGCCAUGGCAGAGAAAGGCAAUCAGCCUGAUAUAAUUAUUUACGCAUAUCCAUCACUGCAGCCCCAUCGUAAGCUCAGAGGAGGCACAGGUAAGGCAUACAGCUGUGUGAACUUUAAUCGUGACGGCACACUGCUGGCGAGCGUUGGAGGCGCUCCUGAUUACAUGCUGACGGUGUGGGACUGGAACCAGGAACAAGUGGUGCUGCACGGUAAAGCCUUCUCUCAGGAUAUCUACCGUGUCACAUUUUCACCAGACAACCCGGACCAGCUCACCACCGCCGGCUCUGGACACAUCAAGUUCUGGAAAAUGGCCAAAACCUUCACCGGUCUGAAGCUGCAAGGCAUGCUGGGAAGGUUUGGAAAGACCUCAACGACAGAUAUAGAAGGCCAUGUUGAACUCCCUGAUGGGAAGGUGGUCUCAGGUUCAGAGUGGGGAAACAUGCUAUUAUGGGAUGGAGGUCUGAUAAAGGUUGAGAUCAGACGGAAAGCCGGGCGCACCUGUCACAAAGGGCCUAUACAGCAGUUUGCACUGGAUGAAGGAGAGCUGAUAACUGUGGGGGCCGAUGGAGCAGUCAGGUGCUGGGAUUUGGAAACCAUCGAUGCGGCAGACUGUGUGGACGACAGUGGGCUGUUCGAGAUGGAGCCCAUGAACGAACUGAUCGUAGGCCGCAAUGUGAGCCUUUUGUCCAUGGUCAGGAGCACCGUCCCAGAUUCCACUUUCUGGUUUGCACAGGAUUCUAAUGGAGGAAUCUGGAAACUGGACUUGUCAUUCUUCAAUACAAGCCUAGAUCCUGAGUGUCUUUUCUCAUUUCACGCUGGUGCAAUCAAGGGAAUGGAUGUGUCUGGAUUCAGUCACCUGAUGGCCACCACUGCAUUAGACCGUUCAGUAAGGAUUUUUGACUUCCUUUCCAACACGCAGCUCACAGUCAGCCAUUACAGACAGGGAGGAAGCGCUCUCACCUGGGCCCCUCGUACGUUGUCUGGUGGUGAGGGUCUCCUUGUGGUGGGCUUUGAGGAUGGCGUUGUGCGUCUGUUGGAGCUCUAUAAACUUCAGAGCCAAGAUGCAUUUUCCAGACACAGUGUCUCAGAGCUUCAUCUCAAACAGGCUUUCAAACCCCAUAAUUCAUCUGUGACAGCCAUCUCUUACAAGCACAAUGGGAUGAUCAUGGCUACCGGGAGUUUGGAUGGCACAGUGUUCUUUUUCUCAGUGGGGGACAAAUAUGAGCCAAUCGGUUUUGUGAAAGUUCCAGGACCGGUGCAGGAUCUGCAGUGGGCUCCUCAGUCACAUGACAGAAACACUCUGUUAGUUGUAUGUCAGAUGGCUCAUGUCGUGGAGGUCGAAGCUCCUGACACACUUGCUCCCACUACAGGAAACACAUACCAUCUGCAGGACCUUCCCAUCAGGCACUUCUGCUUUCACAGCAUCAAAUCACGCAUUAAGAGGGACACAGAGUUAUCCCAAAGACAGGCCAUGAAGGAGAAGAAAAAGAAAGAGGUUCAGGAUAAGGAAAAAACUCCUACAGGGGAAGAGGGAGAGGAAGAGAAAGACAAAGAGAAAGACAAAGAGGAAGAUGAUGAGCUACCACCACUCUUUAUCCCCAGUCCCCCCAGUCCUGUUCACUGCGCUUUCUACUCUACUGAGCCUGGAGCAUUCUGGCUUUCUGUGGGAGGCUAUGACGCUGGGUAUCUGUAUCACUGUAAGUUCUCAGAGCAGCAGUCUACAGACUUGUCAGAAAGCAAAGAUGAGCCAUUUGCUUAUGUCCCAGUCCAAGAUGCCGAUCAAAACGCCAUCCUCACUGUCUGCUUCUGUGACGUGAGGCAGCUGCUUCUGUGUGGGAUGGAGGACGGCAGUAUCCGAGCAUAUCCUCUGGAGACUGGGGAACUGCAGCCAAUGCACAUGCAGGCAUACUGGGCACUCGGCGUUCAUGAUGGCCGGUGUGGAAGCCUCCAGCAGCUCCGUGUCAGCCAUGACAGCUGCUUUGUGCUGAGCACCGGCGCUGAUGGAAGCAUUUUCUCCUUCAGGCUGCUGAAGACGGAAGAGAUGGAGCUAUUACCUGAGAAGGGACACGCCAAACUGCCCUCGCUACAUCUCGACCUGGACACAGAGCCUGCACCUCUUGAUAUAGAUGACCCUGCUGCUGACAGUAUAGAGACAGCUAAACAGAAGCAGGAGUUUAAUCGCAGACUUCAGGCAGCUGAAUUGAGUAAGCAGGAGCGCCGUAAGAGGAUCGGUGAGUUGCGAAUCCAAUUCAAAGCCCUGAAGGAGCUUAACCAGAGUCUGCCGGAACAUGUCCGCCUGAAGCCCUCGGAGAUGGAGUUCGAUCCCCGUUUCCGUUUAGAAAUAGAGAGAAGGAACGCAGAGAAAUUGGCAGAAGUGAGGAGAGAAUUAGCCUGGGAGUCGGAGAAACAACGUAUCGGCCUGCAGAAACUCAAGGAGAGGUUUGUAGACUCAGUCGUGUGUGAACUAGUGACAGUGUGUGCGAUCGGGAGUGAUCGCAAGGUUUCCACCUACAUGUUGGAAGCUCCACCCAAAAAACCAGAACAGAUGAAGGAACAGGAACAAACCGUGCAACAUGAAAGCCCAGCCUCGCCGGAGGAGCAUGACCUUAAGGAACAGAAAGACACUCAUGCUGAUGUCAUCACUGUUCAGAAAACCGAAGAAGCUUUACCUUCCCCAGCAGUGGUAAGGCGGCGAGUGCCACCGGGAGCCGGUGGCAAGCUGGCGACCAGACAAGCUGAGAGACUGCAAAAGGCAUUCGAGAAAGCGGAGAAAGCCCGUGCCAAGAUAGAAAAGAGGCAAAGAGAGUGGGAUGAACUCUAUGCUACCAAACCCAGCGAGGACUACGAGGAUCCAGAAGACCUCCGUGCAAUCCAGUUGGCCAAAGAGAACAUUGGUGACUUUAAACUGAAAACGGCGAAGGACUAUACAGUGCCAAAGCACAUGAGGAUGAAUGUGGAGAAGAAGACAGCUCAGUUGGUUAAGCUCCAGGAGCAGAUUUUCCAGAGGAAAAACCAGAUGAAUGAGCGUGUAUUGGCCUUGCGAGACUCAAAGGUAGCUCUCAUUUCCCAGUUCCGCUCCCUCAAGCACCAGCUGCUGGCUGUCCAGAAACUCCUCCCCCCAGAGAAGCACCGCCCACCACCCACCACACCCACUAUGAGCCUAGAGGAGACUCCUGAGAAGGCACUGCAGUACAACCGUAAAACACUGGAAAGCUACGCCGUAGCACGGGACAAAUUGAACAACUGGGACAACAAGCAGGAGAAGCCUAAGAGUGUGCUGGAUUUGAUGCAACAGAACGGGUACCAGGACACAGGUUCAGAUGAAGAACACACAGAGGAGGAAGACAUACACACAGAGGAGGUGCACAUACUCCCCACGGAGAGCCUCAGUGAGUCUGAGCAGGAGAUAGAGGAUAGUCGCAAUCUUUAUCUGCAAGACAAACUGAUAAAACAGAUGGAGGAGGCCGUGUCUGAUUUCGAUGCUAAGCUGAGUGACCUACGUUUUGACAAGAGCGCAAUGGACGUGCAGAUGAAGCAGGCUGACCUCCGACACGUUACACUGUCCCAAGAGCUCCUGCUGCUUAAAGAGUUUGAGAAGAGAGAGCUUCUGCUAGAGGAGAGGCGAAACAUCUACGUGCAGGAGGAGAGAGAACUCAGGUCAAAGCUGGAGGAGUGUAAGUGCCAGCUGGAGGUAAAGAGAAGAGACAUAGCAAAGCUGCAUGAGAGUGAGAAAGUGCUCGUGUCAACGUUCCAGGCUUCGCUUGGAGAAGACAACAAGUUUGCAGAUUUCCUCACCAAAGUCUUUAAGAAGAAGGUCAAACGAGUAAAGAAGAAAGAGACGCCUGGCAGCGAUGAUGAAGAAGAGGAGAGUGAGGAAGACUCUGAUGAAGAGUCAGACUGGGACAAUGAGGAGGAUGAUGAAGGAUUGGAUGGAGCUGCUGGCUUUGACGAUAGCGUCUGUCCUCCAACCUGUGACCCGGAGCUUUUCAAGAACGCUUUAAGUUUGAGGGAACAUCGUCUGGAUUUGGAGGAGCGUUUGCAUGAGGAAAAGAUUAUAGCAGACAACAUGAAGAAGGAGUAUGACUCACUGACCAAGAAAGAAAAGAUCGUGCAGAACAACCUGAAAGCAGCAGAGGGCGACCUGGAGCUCUUAUACCGAGAGAAGCAGCAGAAAAUCAAUGAGCUUUAUGUAGUUGUACCUCUGAGAUUAAACCAGAUUAUGCAUCUGGAUAAUCCAGAGAUGCUCGCCGACCCGAACAAGUUGCUGGUGAUAAACGCAUCAACUGUGAAGGGACUGCAAGGGCGCAUUAAGGAGUUGGAGCAGGAGAAUAACGCUCAGAAGGAAUUAAACAGACAAGCACGUCAACGACAUCGUCAGCUCCGAAACGAAGUCAGAAAUAUGGAGGCCAAUUGUCAGGAGUUAAAGGCAGAGAACGAGGCGAUGAUGUUGAAGAAGUUUGGGAAGCUGGUGGAUUUAAAGGCUCUGCAGACUCUGAGCGGCAACCGGAAGCUGGAAGAGAUGAAAUAUGAGAAUCAAGUGCAAGAGGCUAAGAAUAGGAAGGAGCGCAGGAUGAUGAUGGCAGAAAUUGACGCUGCCAAGCAGGAGCUGACCAAACUGACCAUGGAGCACACAGCACAACUGCACAGAUACAACAGCCUGCUGAAUGAGAAAAAGAUGCUGGAGGACAAUAUCGAAAAAAGUUUUAAGAAGAUGAGUUUUAAUUUCAUUCCCUCCCGGGGCCGUGACGAAGAGGACAUCAAAAGGCUCCAGCUGCACGUCCAGAAACAGGCAGAGAAAAUUAAUUGUAUGAAGGAGGAGAUCAGCAACAUGGCUCGCAAAUGUGGCCAUGUUCUACCCCCGAGUGUGCCACAAUUACCCCCCAUCAACAGAAGAAAAACCCUUCAGUGUAAGCCUACUAAAAAAUAAACACGUUUGUGUCUCUGUCUGACUUAAAAGGCCACGACAGCAUAUUUUUGUAUGCUAAUCUCGAUCCACUGUGAGCCAUGUAUUUAUAUAUUAUAUAUAAUAUUUAUAUCUUCAUUUAUGAAAAACUCUAAGAUCAAUAAAGUUUCCAUGUGACAAAAAUAAAACCACU